AUGUUUCUCUCUUCCAAGGAAUCUUCCGAUGUGUCAUACACAGGUGAAAUGAUAUUUGAGUAUGUGGAUAAAUGUAUUGAACAAGUUGGGCCGGAGAAUGUUGUUCAAAUUGUGACGGACAAUGCUUCAAACAAUAUGGGAGCGGCAAAAUUAUUGCGCACGAAGAGGCCAACUAUCUUUUGGACUUCAUGUGCCGCACACACCAUGAAUCUCAUCUUGGAGGGCAUUGCAAAACGACCCCGGUUCAACAAAACAAUUGAACAAGCAAAGGCGUUGACGAUAUUUAUAUAUGCGCAUCAUAAGACCUUAGCCAUGAUGAGGUCUUACACUAAAAGAAGGGACAUAGUAAGGCCCGGGGUCACACGAUUUGCCUCUUCUUUUCUUAGCUUGCAAAGUUUGAUGGAAAAGAAGACACAAUUAAAGGCGAUGUUUUCUAGCUCCGAGUGGGAUGAGUGCAAAUGGUCUAAGACGGUCAAGGGGAAAGCGAGUUACAACACCGUGAUGUCUAUUGGUUUUUGGAAUGGUGUGAGAUCUUUUUUGACUAUUUUUACUCCUUUGGUGAAGGUUCUUCGUAUAGCGGAUGCCGAUAGAAAACCGUCGAUGGGUUUUUUGUAUGGGGAGCUUAUGCAUGCCAAAGAGGAUAUAAAAAUCGCCUCGAACAAUCUUGCCAAGAAUUAUGAACCCAUCUUAGAGAUCAUUGACACGAAGAUGACGGGUAGAUUGGACACUCCGUUGCACUUGAUGGCAUAUCUACUAAAUCCUUAUUAUCAUUAUAAGGACCCGAAUCUCAUACUAGAUCAAGUUGUUUCGGAUGGAGUUCUUGAUUGUCUUGAUGUCAUUUGUCAUGGUGACUUUGAUUUGAUGAAUAAAAUCAUGAACAUUGAGUUGCCAAUUUAUAAGACAAUGGGAGGAGUCUUUGGGAAGCCAAUUGCCGCAAAAGGUUGUGAAGUGAACGACGAAAAGUUUGAUCCGGGUAAAUAA